GUGACGCACCAAUCCGGGAAGUGUUUUGGUUCCACAAGGCGGAAGCGUAUAAUUUACUGAACCUGAAAGUGUUUUAGGAGAAAAGGUCGUUAACCAGGAGCAACACGGUUAUAACUCACCAUUCGUAAGGCGGAGUGGACAUAGUCUUUCGCUAUUGGUGGACCAGCCCACUCGGAUCACUCCAUCACUGCCCUCCUGAUCCGUUUCUCCCCCCCAGGAGUUUGGUUCCUGACCUCGCUCACCAUUGGUGCCUGUUUGUCCAGACUCCCAUCUUCAACCUCGUUAACCUGCAGUUUCAGUCCUUCUCAGGCCAUCUCAUCCACAACAGUCUCCGUCCCUGUCUCUGUCUCUGUCAAUGGCUGGGCGCGGUGGAGGAGCAACCAGGCCUAAUGGCGCCGCAGUAGCAAACAAAAUCUGCCAGUUCAAACUGGUGCUGCUGGGGGAGUCGGCGGUGGGCAAGUCCAGCUUAGUGCUGCGCUUCGUCAAAGGCCAGUUUCACGAAUUCCAGGAGAGCACCAUCGGAGCUGCCUUCCUCACUCAGACUGUCUGUCUGGACGACACCACUGUGAAGUUUGAGAUCUGGGACACAGCGGGUCAAGAGCGCUACCACAGCCUGGCUCCGAUGUACUACAGAGGCGCUCAGGCAGCCAUCGUGGUCUACGACAUCACCAACACAGACACUUUUGCACGAGCGAAAAACUGGGUGAAGGAGCUGCAGAGACAAGCCAGUCCCAACAUAGUGAUCGCUCUGGCUGGAAACAAGGCAGACAUUGCAAAUAAGAGAGCUGUAGAUCUUCAGGAGGCACAAACAUACGCUGAUGACAACAGUCUUCUCUUCAUGGAAACCUCGGCCAAGACCGCCAUGAAUGUCAAUGAAAUUUUCAUGGCUAUCGCAAAGAAGCUACCGAAGAGUGACCCCCAGGGAGGAACCGGACAAGGUGGUCGGACCAGGACAGGAGUGGAUCUACAAGAAGCUGCUCCUCAGGGGCGCAGCGGGCAGUGCUGCGGCGGAGGCAAUUAGCAAGUACAAAACAAUGAACUUAGAGAGAGUGAGCACCUGAACAUCGUUGUAAGGACAGCACGUAGCUAAAAACCCAGAGAGGCAGGAGAGGGCAGAGCCACUCGCCACCCCUGCACUUAAACUGAGAUUACAGAUGAGAUUAUCUGGAUCCUCUUUGAUUUAAGGAACAUUUUUUUUUAAAAGAAUCAUAAGCUAGAGGGAAUUACCAAGAUCCCUCACUACUUCUCUUCUGUCUUUCCCCCUCCUGUGUAUCUAUCUACCUCCCUGUUCAUCUUCAGCCUGUCUCAGUUGAUUGAAUUCUGUCUUAAAUAAUUUUUUUUUUUUUGAAGGGUGAUGCUUUUGCCAUUUUCCCUCUUUGUGUGAAUGUGUCUGUGUUAUGUGUGUUUAUGUAAUUAGUACAUACUCAUACAUUUAUAUUGUCAGUUUACUUUUCUACUCUCGUCAUUUCCCUCAACAUUGAUCAUCAUUAUGAAAGAUACAAAUACCCGACUAUUAAUGCUGAAUUUGCAAAGGAGAGAGCAAUUAAUCUAAAAGGAUUGUUGUUGUAUUGCAGUGUAGAUCGCAGCAUUUCGUUCUUUUUAAGGACCUGACGUGACAUGACGCAUUUAUAAGAAAAACGCUAGACUUUGCUUAUUGAAGCUGGUCAUGAUUUAAUAGGCUACACAUCUGAAGAUGUUUCUUAACUGUCCAACAAAUGCAGUUGUUUGCAUUCAUUGUGUAUUGAUACCUGUAACACCAGAGAGUUGUUAGCCUUUUAUAUAAAAAAAAAACAACAAAGAAAUGUGAAAAUAACUUGUAAAUCUAAAAAGUAAUAAUAAAUAACAUGCAAGAUUC